GGAGCCUCCGCGGCCACGCAGCCUGCAAGACGCGAGCUUCUUCACUUUCUCUGGAACCAUAUGUCUAGUUUCCAGAAAGAAAAUGACCCUGCAAAAUCCCUAUUCAGAAGACUUGAGGUUUUAUUUGAUGUUAUAAAGUAGCUGGCAUUUAUUAUAGUUUGUGUCUGUAUAGGCUACCUGUGCUGUGACUUAACGCAAUUUAGAGUCAGGGCUGUACGUGUCUAAAUAUAUAUACUGUAUAGUGUGUUUGUACAUCUCUCCCUUUUCCCCCCUUCUGCUGUGUUAUGUGCUAGUUUGUUCCUUCACUUUAAGCGGGUGCUUGACCUCAGCCAGCCGGCAAACGCUGUUGAGUGCGACACACGUGCAUGGGAACAACCCAACAAUGCGGGAACGUGGCUUGUUUUCAAUGAGACGACCCAUUUACCGUCUCCGUGUGGAUUGUAUUACGCAUACAAAUGGUUGCAUUGCUGUUUCUUCCUUUUCUAACUGAUCCACUUAAGGUGUUAACUGAAGAUUAAGAGCAGCUACCUUCACCCCUGACUCCUUAAACCACACAUCUAUGUGAUUAAAACGACUAAAUGUUGUUAUUCUUAUUUUUAAAUGAAUGAAAUACCCAAUAAUGACAGUGUUGUUCCAUAGAGUAACAGUAAAAGAGCCCCCAACACACAAACACGCACACACGUACACACACGCUCCAAAGAUUACAUUUUUCUCCCGCAAGUCUGCAGUCACUCCCAUCGUGUCCGGGGAGUACAGUCAGCACCGGGACCGAGCUGCCAUGGCCUCCCGGAUCUCGUUCACCCAGCUGCGGUUGGAAGCGGAGCUGGAUCGGUACCGGGCCGAGUGCCAGUGGGACAAGAUUCCUCCAAUCGUCGAACACAUGCAGGCCGCGCGUAUGCACGAAGAGGAUGACUAUGGGACACUGCUGUUGGCCGAAGCACUGCUGGAAGAGUCCCUGCAGGAAAAUAUGGACCUGCUAAGGAACUCCACACCUUUGAUAGAAAAGAUGCAACCAAGAUUAUGCCGGGCCAAAAGCUACCUCAACAUCAUCCUGAGCCGAGGCCGCCUCACUCCCCGGUAUUUGAAUGAGGCUCUGCUGCUGAUGGCCAAAGUGCACUAUGUGCAGGGUUGCCAUCGCGAUGCCCAGGGAAUGUGUGCAAGGGUGGGACUGGAAGAGCUGACACAGGACAAUCAACCCACCUACCACCUCCGCUUACUGGCUGAGGCCUUUGUCAUUAAAGGCCUGUCUCUGGACCACCAGGCACUUUCAUCAGUGUCUCGUAUCCGUCUGUUAGAGAGGGAGGAGGAGAGUCUUUCCUGUUUCCUCAGGGCCUGCGAUGCGGCGCUGUCCUAUCUGCAAGAGCUUGAUAAGACAGUUACAACGCCACACACGAAGACAGCCAAACUUAGUCAGCUUUCACCUGCCGUGGACUUCGACCUGGGUUUCUUCCUUCAGGCAGCCCUCCAGAGUGCUUACCUGUGUUUGCUGCAGAGAGGUCAUCUGGCGCAAGGUGCUCACCAACUCCGUCGUGUGAUGAGGGUGGUAGAGUCACGAGGGUCUCAGGGUCUCAGGAAGGCUGCAGCAAGGAAGCUCGCAGAGGUGCUGCUGAGCUCAGUGGCUGAGGACAGUUACUGGCCGCCACUGGGCCCCCCACCCUCGGCCUGGCUCCAAAGAGAGGGGGCUGCCACCUCCAAAGAUGCACUCUACCCCACCAUCAAACCACCACAACGCUACACUACUGACAGUUGCUUCUGUCCCCAGGACGUGGUAGAAGAGGCUGUGUUGCUGCUUCUCAUUACGGAGUCCAUGGCCAGUGGCGACGAGGUCAUCAGUCGCCUGCCGGAUCAGGCCGAGGCUCGCCGGGCCACCCUGCAGGAUUCGGUGUCCGUCUACGACCUUCUCGCUAUCGGCAUGGUUAGGAGGGGGCAGUACACUAUGUUGUCUGAGUGUCUGGAACGAUCCAUGAAGUUUUCGUUCAACGAAUUCCACCUCUGGCACCAGCUGGGCCUGUCACUCAUGGCUUCUGGGAAGGCGGUUGGUGCUGUGUCUGUGUUUAAAGAAUGUGCCAGGAUGAGACCAGAGGACCCGUUGCUGCCCCUGUUGGCUGCUAAAGUCUGCAUUGGUCAGCUGCACUGGUUCUCAGAAGCAGAGGCUCUGUCCCAAAGUGUGGUGUCAAUGGGAGAGGGAGCUGGGGAAUCUCUUCCGAGGGCCUACCUGGCUUUGGGACUCUCCUACAGCCUGCAGGCUUCUGAUGCCUCUUUGAAAGAAGAUCGGAAUGAAUACAACAAAAAAGCACUAAGAAUUAUGAGAAAGGCUCAUUCGUUAGACCCACAGAAUGCACACAUUGCCAUGUGCUUGGCGCUGCAGUUGGCACUUGUACGGCAGGUAUCAGCAGCCAUGGAGCCCCUGCAGGAGGCUUUAUCUCUCCAAGGGGAUGACUUGCACUCCCUCCACUUGCUGACCCUUCUCCUCAGUGCUCAGAAACACCACCGCCAUGCCCUGGACACCUUGGGACUGGCCCUCAGCCAACACCCCGACAACUUCAAUUUGCUGUCUUCGAAGGCUAAGCUUGAAGAAGUCUUGUAUGGCCCCGCUGUGGCCUUACAGACCUGCCAGGAAAUGCUGCAAAUCUGGCAAAGUCGUUAUGAUGUCAGCCGUUCAAAUGAGACAGAUGACAGUACCAGUAUACCAGUGGUUGAGAGGCUGGAUGGCAGCCCUGGAGUCAGCAAAACAUCCAUCCACCUCACUCUGCCUGACUUCCAAGAUACCUCCACUGGUUCAAUGAGUCCAUCAUCGAUUGCAGCAUCUCAUCUUGAGGCGGCGCUCUCAGAAGUGUCAGACAUUAGCUCCAUGCAUCGCCAAGGACCCGCGUACAUCUGGACUACCCUAGAACGUAUUUGGCUGCAAGCUGGAGAACUGUUCAUGGUGGACGGUCGACUUAAAGAGGCACAAUUUUGCAUAGCCGAGGCCAGCUCACUCUUCCCCAACUCGCACUCAGUAUUGCUGCAGAGGGGCCACCUAGCCGAGCUCCGGGGUCAAAUGGAGGACGCGAAAAGUCUUUACGAUGAAGCCCUUGCCAUCCACCCUACUGGGGAGCGCAUACUGGUGCACAUGGGCCGGCUGCUGGUGAAAACAGGGCGUGCGAACCUCGGGGAGAAGGUCCUACGAGAUGCAGUUCAGGUCCACAGCACGUCACACGAAGCGUGGAGUGGACUGGGAGAGGCGCUACAGUUUCUGGGAUCCAGUCAGGCCCCCGACUGCUUCCUCACAGCUCUGGAGCUGGAAGCUUCCUGUCCCGUCCGACCUUUCACGAUCAUCCCCAGGGAGCUUUGAGGAGCCUGGACCACAGUGUAGGUUUGUCCCAACCAACUCGACUGACAGAUUCUACACUGGUGCAGACAUAGACAUUCGGGUGGACAUCAAGGCUUCUUGUUUACAUUGUAAGACCAAAACAUUGAUACAAAAGAUAACAUUUUUAUUCGUUGUUAAUAAGUUAUUCCCUUUAAAAAAAAAUGUAGCUUUCUACAGUACCGUAUACAGUAUAUUCAUGGCGUUUACUAUUGACAUCUCAAAAACAUUCCAUUAUUCCAGAUAUACAUGGCGGAGGUAUAUUUACAAUUUGAGACGAGCAUUUGAAGUCAUCCCAAUGGGGGUAGCAUCAAUAUAGCAAAUUAAGUCUGCAGACGUAUAGGGCUGGCCGAUUAAUCCAAAUGUAAUUGUGAUUUCAAUUUUGCCUUCUCAUGAUCAGAAUAACAUUAUAACUGAAGAAAUAUGAUUAAUGUGCCGAAUGGUGCAUUGUGUGCGUGCAAGUUCCUGUGUUGUGAAAGCACCCUGAAUGCACCCAUGUUGCUUGCAGCAAGCCUGUGACGUUUGUUAUUUUGCCUUCCCUGAGUGUGCUUUUAGCUGUUUGACUCCCGAGUUGGAGUUUACUCUUAAUCUAAACACACAAGAAAAAUAAUUACACAUAUUGUACAUUUACAUACAACACAUACUUUGUUUUAGAAACAUUGCCAGCUUAAUGCUAAAACUCAAUGGAAAACCUAUUGACCAGCUAGCAAAAAUUUGCCUUAGACGUCACGGGAGUGAUUUAUGAAUAAUCACGCAGAAACACCGUAGUAACACAUACAGACAGGUAAUAUAACAAUACCUACUGGCAUAUAUUCUUUCUAAUCUGUAAAAAAAAACAUGUUAGAUUAAUGAAGUUCAGUUGCAACUUUCUGUUGCUACUCUUUAUUUUAUCUUUUCUGGUUGUUCUUUUAAGUACUUAAAGUUGAGUAUUGGUAGUUGAAUGUAAACUAAGUUUUGAAAUCAAUAAAUAAUUGCGUUGUUUAA